AUGGACGGGGAGUUGUGGCCGAGGGGCGAGCGGCGGCGGGGAGGCAGGACCGGCUUCAGACCACUCUGGCUUUACUGCCUCUGCUGUUCCGCUCUGUUGUUUUUCAUUGUUACCCUGCAGGUGGUGGUUGAACUAGGACAAUUUGAAAAAAAAGAAGUCAAAAGUGAGAAGGUGAAGAGAGACGGACUGGUGGUUGUGAAUCAGGUGAAAGAAACAAAUGGUUUACUGAGCAUCGCAAAGAAAUAUUCUGAUGUGGGCAUCCAACAUCCCAUUAUCGUCUGGUGGUCUCCACUGACAGGUGAAUUGGGCAGAAUCGGUCAGUGUGGAGCAGAUACCUGUUACUUUACCAUAAAUAAGACUUACCAAAAUCAUCAGAUGACAAGAGCGUUCCUCUUUUACGGUACAGACUUCCAGAUCAAUAGUUUACCGUUGCCUCGGAAACACCACCAUGAUUGGGCCUUGUUCCAUGAAGAAUCCCCGAAAAACAAUUACAAGCUUUUUCACGAGCCUGCCAUCACCUUAUUUAAUUACACGUCCACAUUCAGUCGCAACUCUCAUAUGCCCCUGACCACCCAGUACCUGGAGAGUAUUGAGGAACUGAAAACCCACAAGUACUUGAUCCCGCUGUCUCGCAAGAAUCAGCUGAGGGAACAUCUGGCACCAUUAGCGUAUGUACAGUCUGACUGUGAUCCACCUUCAGACAGAGACAGUUACGUUCAGGAAUUGAUGAAAUACAUCCCAGUGGAUUCCUACGGGACAUGUUUGCAUAACAAGGACCUUCCCAGUCACCUGAAGGAUCCCACAUCCAUGGAUGAUGAUGGACUUUACAAGAUUCUUGCUCAGUACAAAUUUAUCCUCGCUUUCGAGAACGCUGUUUGUGAUGAUUACAUCACUGAGAAGUUGUGGAGAUCUUUCAAGCUGGGUGUGGUUCCAGUUUAUUUUGGUUCCCCCAGUAUAGCUGACUGGCUUCCCAGUAAUCAAAGCGCUAUUCUUGUCAAGAGCUUCUCACACCCCAAGGAAUUGGCUGAGUACAUCUUGCAAUUGGAUGGCAAUGACCAAGAGUAUGAGACCUUCCUCGAGUGGAAAUGGAAGGGUCCCAUCUCCAAUGCGAAGCUGCUGACUGCCAUGAAGGAACGCAAGUGGGGUGUUCAAGAUCUGUCCCAGGACAAUUACAUUGAUGCCUUUGAAUGUCUAGUGUGUAACAGAGUGUGGGAAAAUCUCAGAAGAAAGGAAGAGGGUUUAUCGCCAAUUCAGUGGCAGGCACAAGCCAAUCAUUUGAGCUGCCCAGAGCCUGCGGCAUUCACCUUCUUGCCCUCCUCACUGGGGACAUCAGUGAUGCGAGAGCUGUGGAUGCCAAGUUUCCACCAGUCGAAACGCGAAGCUGCUGCAUUAAGGCGCCUCGUGGAACUGAACCAAAACUUUACAACCGAGCAGUUCUGGAGGAUGGUGUUUAAGGAGAAACUUUAAUUUUAUUUCUUAGGAUAAGAAAUGCAUCCGUUUUUGGGUUGCUUCUGAGGAAUCACGUGAGAAACGCAUCCAUUUUCUGCAAUGCAGUCAGAGAGGAGGAAAAAAACACUCCAAUGAUUACUAAGUUCCGUACUGCCACUGUGCAUCUUUCAGAGGUUCCACGUCGGUGAUGGGAUUUAACUGUAGUAUCUGUCAGCUGAUUGUAACUUGGAGUAAAUGGUGUUUCCUCAUGCGCAGGAGAUUUCCUCAAUAAGAACCAUUUAAAAUCUUGUGGACCUUGAAAUUAUGCUGUGGCAGGCUUUUAACUGCUGAACAAGUUCUUCUGAAGAUCCUUUCUGCUGUUUUCA